UAGGACGUCGCACUCGCUCUCCUUAACACGCGAGGAGCCGCAGGAGCCGCAGAACCUGCGGGAGGACGUUCAAACGUGUACCAGAAACUGGAAGCCAUUUGAAAUCUUUGCAAGCCAAUUUUUUUCUCAUGGGCAAAAGAAAAAAUAGCAGAAUAAGUUGCAGGAAUCCAUCCUGGGGCACCAGAAAUGGUCCCAUGAAGGAAAAGGCAUCUGGAGACCCACCAGAGUCCUUGGACCCAUCUGGAGUUGCUCUGCAGGACAGAGAAAGGAUGGAGACACAACCUUUUGCCAAGGAGGGAAGCGGAAAAGGCCCUUCAGCUGCUCAGCCUGGGAAGGGAGGGGAGCUCUGGACACGGACUGGGCAGAAGAUCCAUGAGGAGGAAACCAUCCUCCCUUCAGAAGUUCAGCCCUGGAACUUCAUCCAAUACCAGGAGGCUGAAGGUCCCCGAGGACUUUGCAGCCGACUCCAUGACAUUUGCAGGCGAUGGCUGAGACCAGAAAAGCACACCAAAGCCCAGAUGCUGGACCUGGUGGUUCUGGAGCAGCUCCUGACUCUCCUGCCCCCAGAGAUGGAGGGCUGGGUGCGGGAAUGUGGAGCAGAGAGCAGCUCCCAGGCGGUGGCCCUUGCAGAAGGCUUCCUCCUGAGCCAGGCAGAGGAGCAGAAGGAGCAGGUCCAGUUGCAGGGCUGCACUGUGGAGAUCAGAGAUCCUGAGGGAAAGAAGAACCCAUCAAAUCCUCCCCAGGAGCUAUUUUUCAGGAGGAUCCCUUGGGAAGAUCAAAGUCAGGACAGCUCAGGAGAGAAACAAAGAAUGAAAUUUUCUGGUUUUUAUGACGGAGAUCAAACAGCGGUUGAACCUCCAAAUCAAGAGACUCUUGUGUCCUUCGAGGAGGUGGCUGUUCCUUUUUCUGAGGAGGAAUGGUCUCAGCUGGAUCCUGACCAGAAAGCGCUGUAUUCGGAAGUCAUGCUUGAAAAUCAUAGGAACGUGGUCUCUCUGGGUAAUAAUGAGCAGGAGAAUCAAGAUUCCUGUGAACUGUUCCAGGUGAUCAAUGCUAAAGAUGGAAUGGAGAAGUUUGGAAUUCGAAUGGAAUUUGAAAGCCAUGAGAGAAACCAGUCAAAGAAUUGGAAUCAGGAAAGCUCAUCUUCCACCGAUGCUCCGAUGCAAGACUUUCUUGCCCAACAAGAGAAAAUAAGGAAAAAAUAUACUGGGAAAUGUGUGAAGCCAAUCAAAGCUAAAGUACAAGUAAAUGAACACUAUUUAACCCAAAACAAAGGAGAAGAUGCUAUAAGAAGACACAACAGAAAAAAUUACAACGGGACAUUUAUUCUUUCUCUUGGAAGUAACUUCCUUACAUCUCAAAAAGCGAUUCAUACAAAACAGAAUCCCAAUGAAUCUUUGGAAUCUGGAAAACAUUUUAGAACAAGCAGGCAGCUUACUUCCCAUGAAAGGAUUCAUACUGGGGAGAAAUGGUGUCCAGAAGCACCUGUAGCCCAGGCAGCCCAGUCCCUCCAAGCAGCAGGAGAUAAACCAUAUAAACGCCUGAAGUGUGGGAAAACCUUUACUCAUAGCUCUGAACUUACUAUCCACAAAAAGAUCCACAGAGGGGGAAAGAUGUAUAAAUGCAUGGAGUGUGGAAAGACUUUUGCUCAAAAAGCUAGUCUUAUUUGUCAUAAUAUGAUCCACACGGGGGAGAAGCCGUAUAAAUGUAUGGAGUGUGGAAAGGCCUUUUCUCAAAAAGGUAAUCUUAGUUCCCAUGAGAUGAUCCACUCAGGAGAAAAGCCAUUUACAUGCAUGGAGUGUGGAAAGACCUUUGCUCAAAGAGGUAAUCUUAUUUCCCAUAAUAUGAUCCACACAGGAGAGAAGCCAUAUAAUUGCAUGGAGUGUGGAAAGUCCUUUGCUCUAAGGAGUAGACUUGCUGUCCACAAAAUGAUCCACACAGGAGAGAAGCCAUUUAAAUGCAUGGUGUGUGGAAAGGCGUUUGCUCAAAGAGGUCAUCUUAAUUCCCAUAAGAUGAUCCACACAGGGGAGAAGCCAUAUAAUUGCAUGGAGUGUGGAAAGACCUUUGCUCUGAGAAGUAGACUUGCUGUCCACAAAAAGAUCCACACAAGGGAUAAGCCAUAUAAAUGCCAGCAGUGUGGAAAGACCUUUGCAAAAAAAGGUAAUCUUGCUUCCCAUAAAAAGAUCCACACAGGGGAGAAACCAUUUAAAUGUACUGAAUGUGGAAAGGCCUUUGCUCAUAGAUGUAAUCUUAUUUCCCAUAAAAGAAGCCAUAAAUAUGAGAAGCCAUACAAAUGCAUGGAGUGUGGAAAGACCUUGGCUGAAAAACGUACUCUUAUUUUCCAUAAGAUGAUCCACACAGGGGAAAAGCUGUAUAAAUGCAUGGAAUGUGGAAAGACAUUUACUCAUAGAAAUGGACUUAGAAGCCACAAAAUGAUCCAUUCAGGAGAGAAGCGAUAUAAAUGCAGAGAGUGUGGAAAGACAUUUACUCAUGGCAGUGGCCUUAAUAGCCACAAAAAGCUCCACACAGGAGAGAAACCAUUUAAAUGCAUGGAAUGUGGAAAGACCUUUGCUCAUAGAGGUACUCUUAUUUCGCAUAAGACAAUCCACACAGGAGAAAAGCCAUAUAAAUGCAUGGAGUGUGGAAAGGCUUUUACUCAUAGCAGUAACCUUAGAAGCCACAAAAAUGUCCACACAGGAGAGAAACCAUUUAAAUGCAUGGAAUGUGGAAAGACGUUUGCUUAUAGUAGUGGGCUUAGAAGCCACAAAAAUGGCCACAGAGGAGAGAAACCAUUUAAAUGCAUGGAAUGUGGAAAGACCUUUGCUCAAAAAAGUCAUUUUACUUCCCAUAAGAUGAUCCACACAGGAGAGAAGCCGUAUAAAUGCAUGGAGUGUGGAAAGACCUUUACUCAUGAACCUAAUCUUAUAAGACACAAAAAGAUCCACACAGGAGAGAAGCCAUUUGAAUGCACAGAAUGUGGAAAGACCUUUGCUCAAAGAGAUCAUCUUAUAACCCAUAAAAGAAGCCACACAGGGGAGAGGCCAUAUAAAUGUAUGGAGUGUGGAAAGACGUUUAGUCACAAUAGUACACUUACUUCCCAUAAGAUGAUCCACACAGGGGAGAAGCCGUAUAAAUGUAUGGAGUGUGGAAAGACCUUUGCUCUGAGCAGUAGACUUACUAUCCAUAAAAAGCUCCAUACAGGAGAGAAAUCAUAUAAAUGCUUGGAGUGUGGAAAGACCUUUGCUCAUAGAGGUACUCUAAUUUCCCAUAAAAGAAUCCACACAGGGGAGAAGCCAUAUAAAUGCAUGGAGUGUGGAAAGACCUUUGCUCAUAGAGGUACCUUUAUUUCCCAUAAGAUGAUCCACACAGGGGAAAAACCAUUUAAAUGCACGGAAUGUGGAAAGACCUUUGUUAACAAAAGGAAUUUUACUUCCCAUAAGAUGAUCCACACAGGGGAGAGGCCAUAUAAAUGCAUGGAGUGUGGAAAAGCCUUUACUCGGAGCAAUGGCCUUAGAAGUCAUAAAAAGAUCCACUCAGGAGAGAAGCGAUUUGAAUGCAUAGAGUGUGGAAAGACAUUUACUCAUGGCAGUAGCCUUAAUAGCCACAAAAUGCUCCACACAGGAGAGAAAUCAUUUAAAUGCAUGGAGUGUGGAAAGAUGUUUACUCAGAGCAAUGGCCUUAGAAGACACAAAAAAAUCCACUCAGGAGAGAAGCCAUUUAAGUGCACAGAAUGUGGAAAGACCUUUUCUGAAAAAAGGAAUUUUACUUCCCAUAAGAUGAUCCACACAGGGGAGAAGCCAUAUAAAUGCAUGGAGUGUGGAAAAACCUUUACUCGGAACAAUGGCCUUAGAAGUCACAAAAAAAGGAUCCACUCAGGAGAGAAACCAUUUAAAUGCUUGGAAUGUGGAAAGACCUUUGAUCUGAGUAGUAGUCUUGAAAGACACAAGAAGAUCCACUCAGGAGAGAAGCCAUUAAAAUGCACGGAAUGUGGAAAGAGCUUUGCUCUGAGUAGUAGUCUUGAAAGACACAAGAAGAUCCACUCAGGAGAGAAGCCGUUUAAAUGCACGGAAUGUGGAAAAACCUUUGAUAAAAAAAGUCAUUUUACCUCCCAUAAGAUGAUACACACGGGGGAGAAGCCGUAUAAAUGCAUGGAGUGUGGAAAGACCUUUGCUCAAAAAUGUAAUCUUAUUUCUCAUAACUUCAUCCACUCAGGAGAGAAGUCAUUUAAAUGCACAGAAUGUGGAAAGGCUUUUACUCAGAGCAAUAGCCUUAGAAUCCACAAAAACCUCCACACAGGAGAGAAACCAUUUAAAUGCAUGGAAUGUGGAAAGACCUUUUCUUAUAGAGAUACUUUUAUUUCCCAUAAGUUGAUCCAUUCAGGCGAGAAACCAUUUAAAUGCAUGGAGUGUGGGAAGACCUUUACUCAGAGCAGUGGACUUAGAAAACACAAAAUGAUCCACUCAGGAGAGAAGCCAUUCAAAUGCACGGAAUGUGGAAAGACCUUUGCUCAUAGAGGUUCUCUUAUUUCCCAUAACAUGAUCCACACAGGGGAGAAGCCAUAUAAAUGCAUGGAGUGUGGAAAGACAUUUACUCGUGGUAGUGGCCUUAGAAGCCACAAAAAUGUCCACACAGGAGAGAAGCCAUUUAAAUGCACAGAAUGUGGAAAGACCUUUCCUCAAAAAGAUAAUUUUAUUUCCCAUAAGAUGAUUCAACAUCCCAUAAAAUGAUAGAGCAAAAUCAAUUUCGUUGUAAUAAUUUUGUACAAUGGCAAUAAAGGCUAUACUACUACUACUAUGAUCCAUUCAGGAGAGAAGCCAUAUAAAUGCAUGGAAUGUUGAAAGAGUUUUGCUCAGAAUGGUCAUCUUCCUUCUCUUAAAAGGAUCCACGCUUGGGUGAAACUACAUAGCAAUAGCAAUUCCACUCAGACUUAUAUACCACUCCACAAUGCUUUACCACACUCUCUGUGCAGUUUAUAAAGCCAUCAUAUAAUCCUCAGCAAUCUGGGUCCUCAUGUUAGCGACCUCAGAAAGAUGAAAGCCUGAAGCAGAGGUGGUCUGGAUCGAACUCCUGGCUGUGGGCAAUUAGUCUAUGGUACUGCAUUCUAACCACUGACCCACCAUGUUUCUAUAGAUUUGUAUGUGUAUGCAUAUUGUGUCUUUCUGAUCCAAAUGAGACAAGGUUGAAUCCAACAAAGUGAAAGUUUAUGUGGAGAAAAGUAAGAUUUUGCAUUUGGGCGGGAAAAAC